AUGCGAGUCAACCAAGACGAAAAAGAGUUCUUUGAUUGGCUUCUCAAAGUCGGUGAAGGUCGUCCAGAAUCUGAAGAGGACAAUGAGGACGAUGGCUACCAUGAACAAAUGAUAAACAUCGACCCCUCAUUGGUCCAAGAGACUAAAGAUGAGUCAUUAAAGCAAGUUGUCGAUGCAGCGUAUGGUGAUAUCAACCAAAUAGAGGCCUCCCAAAGUUUCUACACCGAUAAAGCUAUCCUAACACCCCAAAAUGAUACAGUCGAUGAAAUUAAUGCGUAUACAAUCUCCAAAACUGACGGAGAGUCAAAAGACUACUACAAUUACGAUAGCUUUGAGGUUUCGGAAACUCAAUCUAACCAAAACGAUACACUAUACGCCAUUGAGUAUCUCAACUCCAUGGAGUUUCCAGGAUUGCCUUCCCAUAAACUCACUCUCCAAGUUGGGGCCCCGAUUAUGCUUAUGCGUAACAUAAAUCAAACAAAAAGAUUAUGUAAUGGUACCCGUAUGAUCCUAACCCACAUAGGCAAAAGAGUGCUUGAGGAAGAUAUAAUUACUGGCUCCCACAUUGGAAAUGAAGUUUUUGUAACACCCCGAUUUACAUAA